UCCUUCUGGUUUUAUCCUCAGUUGACCCUGGUGCUCGAGCUAGUGAUCAUGGGACAAGCGCCUCUUUUACGCAAGUCAGGGGGGAGUGGCCAGACAUAACUACCCCAAAACAAUAUUUUAGGUAGGAAAGAUGCGUCGUUUGUGAUUUAAUUAACAUUUCGCUAUUUGAUCCCGGAAGUUCGAAUCUGUUUUCUUUCUAACUUUACCGAAGUCCAGCUCGGUCCUCAGACACGUCUUUAUCAAAACAAGAUGAAAAAGUUCCUGUUGUUGCUUCUCUUGUGUCACGUCUCAUCUCCAGUGAAACACUCACUCAAGUUUUUCAUCACUGCAUCUUCUGGAGUCCCAAACUUCCCAGAGCUUGUGGGUGCUGGAGUGGUGGAUGAAGUUCUGAUGGGUAACUGCAACACCAAGAAAAAGAUAGUAGAACCCAAACAGGACUGGGUGAAAACAAUUUUAGAAAACAAUCCUCAGCAGUUGGAGUUUUACACUCAAACAUGUUUUGAGAUUGAGCCAAUCUCCUUCAAAGCCACAAUGGAUGACUUAAAGCAACGCUUCAACCAAAGUGGAGGUGUCCACAUUCUCCAGAGGAUGACUGGCUGUGAGUGGGACGAUGAGACUGGAGAGGUCAAUGGUUUUAAUCAGUAUGGUUAUGAUGGAGAAGACUUCCUAGCAUUGGACCUGAAGACAUCAACAUGGAUCGCUCCAAAACCACAGGCUGUCAUCAUCAAACAAAGUUGGGAUGCGGACAAAUCUAGAAUAAAACGCAAUGAGAUUUACUUCACUAAGAUGUAUCCUGAAUGGCUGAAGAUGUAUUUGGACUAUGGCAAGAUCUCUCUGCUGAGAAAAGAUCUUCCCUCAGUGUCUCUCCUCCAGAAGUCUCCCUCCUCUCCAGUCAGCUGCCACGCUACAGGUUUCUACCCUGACAGAGCCAUGAUGUUCUGGAGGAAAGAUGGAGAGGAGCUUCAUGAGGACGUGGACCUCGGAGAGAUCCUCCCCAACCACGAUGGAUCCUUCCAGAUGAGUGUUGACCUGGACCUUUCAUCAGUCCCAGCUGAAGACUGGAGGAGGUACGACUGUGUGUUUCAUCUCUCUGGUGUGGAGGAUGACAUCAUCACCAAACUGGACAAAGCAGAGAUCAGGACCAACAGAGGUAAGACUGGAAUCAGACAGAAGCCCACUAACAUGACCAUCCCCAUCAUGGCUGCAGUGGUUGUUCUGGCUCUCGUCCUACUCGCUGUGAUCGGAGUCCUAGUUUACAGAAAGAAGAAAGCUGAAAAGACUCAAGACAGUACCGAAUCACCAACCUACAGCAACGUGCCACUGAACGGGUCAGACACUUCUUCAGAUAGAUCUCCUAAUGGUUCUAAUGAAGUUGUAAACAGCAGCACACCAUUGACCACAGGUUGACCGGUACGGUGUGAAGAGGAGGGUGAAGAAAUUGGCAACACUAAACGUUAUUUACAAAACUUUUACACAAUCUGUAAUCCAAACAAAAGGGCCACCUCACCACCAACAUGGAUUGAAUAUCACUUAUAUUUAUGGGGGUCAGAAAACUGCAUUACAA